GUCAAUGAACUCAGGACUGCUCUUGGACCUCUAUCUGGACGUAGUUUAAAGUUCUGCACUGAUGCAUGCCUGAGGAGAUAUUUAGAAGCUCGGAACUGGAAUGUUGUUAAGGCAAAGAAAAUGUUGGAAGAGACAUUCAAGUGGAGGUCCGCUUAUAAGCCUGAAGAAAUUCGUUGGCAUGAAAUAGCCCACGAAGGUGAGACUGGCAAAGUGUCCAGAGCAGAUUUUCAUGAUCGUCUUGGAAGGACUGUGCUUAUCAUGAGGCCAGGGAUGCAGAACACCACAUCAGGAGAGGAUAAUGUUCGCCAUUUAGUCUAUCUUUUAGAAAAUGCUAUCCUGAACCUUCCUGAAGGUCAAGAACAAAUGUCGUGGCUGAUAGAUUUCACUGGAUUUUCAUUGAACUCCAAUGUCUCCGUUAAAACAGCCCGUGAUAUUAUUAACAUUUUACAAAAUCACUACCCCGAGAGGCUUGCUGUUGCAUUUCUGUAUAGUCCACCAAGGAUUUUUCAGGCAUUCUGGAAGGCUGUCAAGUACUUCCUGGAUGCAAAGACAUUUCAGAAGGUGAAGUUUGUAUACCCCAAAAGUAAAGAUAGUGUUGAGCUCAUGAAGACAUACUUUGAUGUAGAAAACCUUCCAAGCGAGUUUGGGGGAAAAGCCACCCUAAAUUACGACCAUGAGGAGUUCUCACGAUUGAUGGCCCAGGAUGACGUGAAAACUGCCAAGUUCUGGGGAUUUGAUGAGAAGCACCACAUUAUGAAUGCCAUUCAGGAGAAGAGGUGAGGCAGUAGCCAAUACCCAUUGCACCCGCCAGCUAGCUGAGUGAGCAUUUUCUAGUGCUCAGAGUAGUAAAUAUGUGCAAUGCAGCCUGACUGAAUAGAUAGAUGCAAACUUUAGUAUCAAAUUUACUGAUGGGAACAGGAAAUGAUGCUCUUGCUCAGUUCCUUGUUCUGGGGUUAAUAAACAUGCAUUUCUUGUGCUUAUUUCUAACUAUGAGAGAUAACUAUUAUUUC